AUGAGUAAAAUCACUAAGGAAGAAUUCGAAGAGGGUAUUGACUUCAUCUUGGAAAACAGAAAGAAGAGAAACUUCACUGAGACCAUCGAACUCCAGAUCGGACUUAAGGAUUACGAUCCAAAGAAAGACAAGAGAUUCUCUGGAACCAUCAGACUUGCUCACUUGUGCAAGACUAACAUCAAGAUCUGCAUCAUUGCUGAUGUCCAACACGGAGAAGAAGCUAAGGAAUUAGGCAUUGACUUCAUGCCUUUGGACGCUCUCAAAAAGUUCAACAAGGACAAGAAACUCAUCAAGAGAUGGGCCAAGAAAUACCAAUUGCUUUUGGCUACCGAUACUCUCUCAAGAAAGAUCCCAAGAGUACUGGGUCCAACUUUGACCAAGAUUGGCAUGUUCCCUCAAGUUGUAACUCAUGCUAUCCCAUUGAAGGAUAAGAUCGAUGAGAUCAAAUCCUCUGUUAAGUUCCAACUCAAGAAGGUCCUCUGUAUGUCUGUUGCCGUCGGAAAUGAGAAACUCACUAAGGAAGAGAUUGAGGAGAACCUCGUCUCCACUAUCAACUUCUUGAUAUCUCUCCUCAAGAAGGGAUGGAACAACAUCAAGAGCUUGCACAUCAAGACCACCAUGGGAAAGCCAACCAAACUCUACGGAUAAGUGUUUUCGUGUUUAAAAUUCCUAAAAAUUGGCGUUGGUUUUAUAUCGCACCAAUUCCUUCUCGUAAGGAACUGGAAGCUGAUUUUAGGCCCUUUAAACACCCUCUUUCUAAUGUCAGAGAAGCCCAUAUUUUGUCGCUUUUCAAUUUUGGAAUACAGCAGAACUUCUCUAGAUACCGAGAAGUAGUGUUUCAAUCUCUCGUUAGAUUGAGGGGUUUUGGGGUUUUGGGGUUUUGG